AUGACAAACGGUGGAGUAUUUGGUAAAAAAAGUGAAUUUUUGGAAAUUGGUGAAUAUAACUUUUCUUGGCCUGGUGAAAAUGGAACUUUUCAGGAUUUUGGUUCUGUAAAUUACACCAUGCCAUCAGGUCCGUGGUACUGGCCCUGGUGUCCUCUCUGGAAAAUUACACAACAUCCGUUGUUUCAGCUCUCCAAUAUGCUUUUUGUUGCUUCAUAUUGUGCUCCAAGCACUAAAAAAGGUCAAUUAUGGAUGCAUACAAUUUUAAUAUUUGCCUUCAUGCUGUACUCAAUAUGGGCAUGGCAUGUAAUAUGUUCACCGGAUGCCUUCUCCUGGAAUUUUGGCUUCGUGUUCCUGAAUUUAGCACAAGUGGUCUACCUAGUGUAUGAGAUGAGACCUGUUAAAUUUGACCCUGAGCUCGAAGAAGUUUAUCAUACCCUCUUCGAACCGUUCAAGGUUUCAAGACUUCAGUUCAAACGUAUGGUGUCUCCCGAUUUCGCGCACGUGAUGUCUUUGCACGCAGGGGAGGCGUACGCUAUGCAAAAUCUAACCAAGACAGACCGCCUCGGGCUACUGCUCUCUGGCAAAGUGAACGUAAUGAGCGGUCAUCAAUUUUUGCAUCCGAUCCUGCCGUGCGAAUUUCUGGAUUCCCCUGAAUUUGAAUCAAGUCGGGCAACGAUAGAUGAAAAAUUUAAGGUAUCGAUAGUCGCAGCGUCGUCUUGCCGCUACGUGUACUGGCAAAGGACUUCGCUUGAAUAUUUGUUUGUUAAGGAGCCCUACCUUGCGUGUGUAGUCACCACACUAAUCGCACGCGAUAUCACAACAAAACUUUACGCAAUGAAUAACAAGAUUGUCACAGAGAGGGGCUCGCACUUAGAUAUUCGGUUGCCGAGUAUUUCCCACGCGCUAGCUCGAAGUCCAAGAAGGCUCCGUGCUGCGAAUAAGCUACCUCCACCAACUACAGUACAGCCUGUGCCCCCACAGAAAAGACCAAAUUGUUGGUCUCGUGAUAUGGCACCACUAACUACUGUAGUAAAACGCAACUGCACAUCCAUAUCAGGUUACACUGGCGGUGACGAAGAACUUAUGCCUUUGGCCGCACACGAAGCUCCAGCGGCUUCCUCUGACGAUUUAUCAGUAGCUGACAGCUGUCCCGACACGUCGUCUAAAUACCACAGCUGUGAGGCCGUGGAGACUGAUGACGAACUUAGGCAUUAA